UAUGACAUUUUUUAAAUAAAGAAUUAGGAAUGCAUUCUAAAUUAAUGGCUUAAACAUGUGCCUUUUUCCUUAUUCAUUGCUUGAUUUAGGAUUUGAAGCCAUCACAAUCAAGAAGUGAAAUAAGCAUGAAAUGCCGAGAGGAGUUAGCAGAUAGGAUGAUUAUUGGUGUUACUUCCUCAGUUGUUUCACAAGUCGGACACUUGCAAUUUGGUCCAUCUAAAUUGGUUGCCAGCACGGAAGAAACACAUGAGCAAGGCUCUCAAAAGGAUGAUGCUGCAGAGGAAGUUCCAAUAAUAGUUCAAUCAACUGAUUCAGAUUCAAGGAAGCAAACUAGAGUAUCACCCAUUUCUGCACAAAUUACUCAGAGCAUCAAAGAUACAACAGAACGAGGUCUUGAAAAGAAUUAUGUAGAAGAUGAUGUCGUGACAGCAGUUGGAUCAACUAAUUCAGAUUCAGGGAAGCAGUCUACAGGACCAAUUGAUGACCUCUCUGGAAAACAUUCUGCACUAAGUGCUAAGGAAAAAGAAAAAGGAAUUGAUGAAAAAGCUUCUGCUACAGACACAUCACCAAUGGCAGCUCCAUUCAUAAGAGCCCUUACUGUUAAAGAAGCAGGAGAUCACUCAAAUGUUCAAGAGGAAUCAAUCAUUCCCCAAGUCAUUCCUUCUCUCCAUCAUCAAUCACAAAUUGCUUAUGCUGGCACUUCGUCUCCUAAACUGGGGAUUUUUGAAAUUUUCAAACUUGUGGAGCUGAAACAAGGAGAAACAGCUUUGCUUGCUGAAGCACUAGAGCGAUAUCCCCAACUAUUGCUGCCUCGUGAACAUCGAACCCAUCGUAUAAUAGCCUGGUCCUACAGGGUACUGGUUGAUAUUCUGGUCAUGCUCGCCACCAAGACUCCUUAUACGAUUACCACAUCAGAAAAAUCAACCUUGGAGGCAAACUUAAGUGAAGCAAUUGUUCUUGGGUUCGACAAAGACUGGGUUGAAUCAGCUCGUGCCAAAGUUUUUGGCUUUGACAUAUCUGAUAUCUCUGCAGCAAAAGAGGAGAUUCAAGCCAUGGGGGGCAAGCUUGGAGAAAUUGAUUCUCAGUUGUUGGAUCUCUCCGAACAUUGCAAGAAACUGUUUCAGAACAUGACCAUGAUCAGAAACAUAGCAAGUGCCAAAGGUAAACCCUUUGGCAUUUAGGUGUGUUUUACAUUAUUGUGCUUUGUUAUUGGUUUUCGAUUCCAGUAAGACUCCAGAGGAGGGUACCAUGAUGCCUACGAUCGAGAUAUAUAUAUAUAUAUAUAUAUGUAUGUAUGUAUGUAUAUCCAAACAUUAUUUAUCACUCUCAUGUAUUCAUAAAUCAGACCUUAUUUUUCAUGGAUGAUCUGCAACUGAUGUAUUUGUGGAAUACAUAUUUGAUGGAUGCAUAUUUUGUUGCAACUUUGAGUUUUAAAUCGGAAACUGAUUCUCAUUAUAA